AUGAUUCCACGGCUGGAAUUGCAAGCUGCGGUGCUCGGUACGCGUUUGGCCACGAUGUUGGCCAAAGAAUUUGAUAUUAAAAUAGAUCAACGAGUAUUUUGGUCAGAUUCCACUACCGUGCUGCAUUGGAUAAGGACAGGGCCACGAACGAAACAGAUUUUCGUGGGAAAUCGUUUAGGCGAGAUAAACGCGGUUACGCGCGCGUCGGAAUGGCGUUGGGUCCCAACAAGCCUAAAUAUUGCAGACGAUAGCACGCGACAGUCAAGUAAAGCAAUGCGAUCAGACGAUCGCUGGCUUACAGGCCCUGCCUUUCUUCGGGAGCCACCAACUUCGUGGCCGGCAUCAAAAGAAAUGAGUGAAAUAGAAAAGCAAGAGGCUGAUAAACUAGAAGCACGAAAAGAAUUUAUAGGAACGCAGUUCAUCGAUAACUCAAACAUGUGGGAAGUUAGCGUCAGACUUAGAGUUUUAGGGUGGAACAGAAUCGUAAGAGUAGCCGUGCAAGUGAGAAACGUAUUUAACACCCAGUAUAUAAAAACGCGAAACAAGAAAAAUAAAUCUAUAUUCUCAAAACAAGCAAAUAUCGCGGAAAUCGAAACGACCGUACAAAAAACGAUCAUGACUGAGAACUUUUGGUAUCGGAUAAUUCAAAGCGCGUACCUUUCGAGCGAGCUUGAAGCUCUUAAGAAAGGGCAAGAUGUAGCUAAAGGGAGCAAAUUAAUUGGACUUAGACCAUUCAUCGACGACCAAGGCCUAAUUCGUGCGAGAGGACGCGUCAUGCGUAUAUGGAACCGUCAAGAAAGAACGACGUCACUAGGAAUAGAAAAAUUCGAAAAUCAGCCCGUAAUCCUGGACGCGAAUCACUACGCCACUAAAUUAUUAAUUGAGGCGUAUCACAAACGUUCUUUUCAUGCGAAUAAUGAGACGGUAAUCAAUGAGAUCCGACAAGAAUUUUAUAUUAUUGGACUGCGAGCGAGACUGAGAUGGUUAAGUAAACGCUGCAUCAUUUGCAGAUUGAGACGCGCUAAACCAUCAAAUACGCCGAUGGCCGACUUGCCUAAAUGUCGUGUAGCUCUGGAACAAAAGCCGUUUUCACAAUGCGGAAUAGAUUACUUUCGACCAAUGUUCGUCAAAAUUGGUCGGCGUAGAGAAAAGAGAUGGGGCGUUUUGUUUACGUGUUUGACAACGAGAGCAGUGCAUCUCGAAUUAACCCAGACACUGAGUGCAAGUUCCGCGAUUAUGGCCUUACAAAGACUAGCGGCUAGACGAGGGUUUCCGCGCGCAAUUUUCAGCGACAACGGAACCAAUUUCACAAAAGCAAGUAAGGAGCCACGUGACGCUAUAAUUAAUAUAGAUACAGACCGUCAACGACGAUUUGCCGAAACAAAGCGAUUUACGUGGAAAUUCAAUCCUCCCGACGCUCCACAUAUGGGGGGAGCGUGGGAAAGAUUAGUUCGAUCGGUAAAAACAGCGUUAGAACACGCGUUAAAUGGUGAAUCAGUUAGCGAGGAAGUAUUGUUAACUUUAUUAGCCGAAGUAGAACACAUGGUUAAUUCGAGACCGUUGACGCAUGUGUCGGUAGAUCCGUGCGACGAAGAGGCUUUGACGCCGAAUCAUUUUCUGAUAGGCAGUUCUUCCGGACAUCUGAAACUUACGCAAGAUGAAGGCCAAGUCCUCAACCCGCGACGUACAUUCGAGAUCGUGCAAAAUCGCGCGAAAGGAUUCUGGCGGCGAUGGCUACGAGAAUACCUACCCACACUGUUGCCUCGCAGAAAAUGGCACCGAUCGACACCCCCACUGAAAGUAGGAGACAUUGUACUGGUAGUAGACUAUCAAGCGCCGCGAAGCUCAUGGAAAACCGGAAAAAUUACUGAAGUGCAUAUAAAUGGAGAUGAUGGCAUCGUUAGAUCAGCGGUCAUUCGGAUCGGAAAAUCCUUUCUUACAAGACCGGUACACAUAUUAAUAAAAAUAUUUGGAACAGAAAGCGUAAAAAAGUGA